CCCGAAAGAUGCCCCCCAGUGCCAGUGCCAUGGACUUCUUCCAGCUCUUUGUCCCUGACAACGUCCUCAAGAACAUGGUGUUGCAGACAAACAUGUACGCCAAGAAGUUCCAGGAGCGCUUCGGCAGCGACGGCGCCUGGGCGGAGGUGACACUGGCGGAGAUGAAGGCUUUCCUGGGCUACAUGAUCUCCACCAGCAUCUCCCACUGCGAGUCGGUCCUCAGCAUCUGGAGCAGCGGCUUCUACAGCAACAGGAGCCUCGCGCUCGUCAUGAGCCAGGCCCGCUUCGAGAAGAUCCUCAAGUACUUCCACGUGGUGGCCUUCCGCUCCAGCCAGACCACGCACGGCCUCUACAAGGUCCAGCCCUUCCUCGACUCCCUGCAGAGCGGCUUUGACUCCGCCUUCAGGCCUUCCCAAACCCAGGUGCUACAUGAACCCCUGAUAGACGAAGACCCUGUGUUCAUUGCCACGUGCACGGAGCGGGAACUGCGAAAGAGGAAAAAGCGGAAAUUCAGCCUGUGGGUCCGGCAGUGCUCUGCCACUGGCUUCAUCAUCCAGAUAUACGUCCACCUGAAGGAGGGUGGGGGCCCCGACGCGCUGGACGCACUGAAAAACAAGCCCCAGCUGCACAGCGCGGUGGCCAGGAGCCUGUGCCGGAACGCGGCCGGCAAGAACUACAUCAUCUUCACGGGGCCCAGCAUCACCAGCCUGACGCUGUUUGAGGAGUUUGAAAAGCAAGGGAUUUACUGUUGCGGCCUGCUCAGCUCCAGGAAGAGCGACUGCACGGGCCUGCCGCCGUCCAUGCUGACCAACCCGGCCACGCCGCCCGCGCGGGGCCAGCACCGCAUCAAGAUGAAGGGGAACAUGUCUCUGAUCUGCUGGUACAACAAGGGGCACUUCCGCUUCCUGACCAAUGCCUACUCGCCUGUGCAGCAAGGGGUGAUCAUCAAGAGGAGGAGCGGGGAGAUCCCCUGCCCCUUGGCCGUGGAGGCAUUUGCUGCUCACCUCAGCUACAUCUGCAAGUACGACGACAAGUACAGCAAGUAUUUUAUUUCUCACAAGCCGAACAAGACCUGGCAGCAGGUGUUCUGGUUCGCCGUCAGCAUCGCCGUCAACAACGCCUACAUCCUGUACAAGAUGUCAGACGCCUACCACGUGCAGAGGUACAGCCGGGCGCAGUUUGGCGAGAGACUUGUGAGGGAGCUGCUGGGCCUGGAGGACGCCUCUCCGGCCCACUGACGCCGGGGGUCGGGCUUAGGGAGGGAC